AUGGCCUCAGACUCGGAAUCAUCGUCAGGAACUGAACACGAACCGUCGACCGACAUGCCCUCAUUCAUCGCGACGCUCAAAGCUUCGAAACGGAUCAUCGCAGUUGCUGGUGCUGGCCUCUCUGCCGCAUCUGGUAUUCCUACAUUCCGAGGCGCGGGCGGGCUGUGGCGCAAACACGAUGCUAUUGGGCUCGCCACUUCCGAAGCGUUCCACGUGAACCCUUCUCGCGUGUGGCAGUUUUACCACUACCGCCGAGAGAAGGCCCUUACCGCGGAGCCUAAUCCGGGCCACCUCGCGCUCGCCAUGUUCUCCAUCCCGUCAAUCAGACAGAAGAUCGCCCCUGGUGUGGAGUUCACGCUCAUCACCCAGAACGUCGAUGGGCUGAGUCGUCGGGCUCUCGACGUCAUCGCCAACUCGCACCCCGAGCUCGCAGACGAGAUCCGCUCGCCAGCAGUGCAGAAUUCAAUGCUGGAGAUGCACGGUCGGCUUUUCGACGUCGUGUGCACAAGCCCUGCCUGUGGACAUAGAGAGCACAACACAUCGUCGCCGAUAUGCCCAGCACUGGCCGGGACCGAGGAGGUUUUCUCAGGGGACGCGCCGGAGCCGCACAUCGACGAGGGGGACCUGCCGCGGUGUACGCGGUGCGGGUCGCUUGCACGGCCCGGCGUAGUCUGGUUCGAUGAAACGCCAUGGUACCUCGGCCAGAUCGAGGAACUUGUGGCUCAAGCUGAUCUCUGCAUAGUUGCUGGGACAUCUUCCACUGUUUAUCCGGCUGCGGGCUAUGCAUACGACGUGCAAGACAACGGGGGAAAGACAGCGGUAUUCAACCUCGACCGUAGCGACGGAGAUCAGGAGGCUGACUUCCUGUUCAUUGGGCCGGCGGAAGUCACCUUGCCUAGAGCAAUGGGGCUUCAAUAGACAACGCCCGGUAUAGGCGUAUGCAUGGCAUCGUUAGCCAUGCGCGUCAUGAAGAAUCUAUGAUCUUGCC